GUACUGAUGCAUCAUAGUUGAUUUCCACCAGUGUUUUAAUUGUUUCCUGGUUGCAGAUAUAAAGGGCAAUGAACAAAUUGAAAAAUAUUUUUGGAGAGAAGCUUGUGAUAUUGGCAGCUCUAGAAUGGACAGAAAACAUGGAAAAUACAUACUGAACGUUGAACACUCUGAAAACCAGCGGCCAACCACAUGUCCAAAUGACCAAGAGGCUCACAGUUCCAUACGCUGGUGUCCACCUUCAAAUGAUAUAACCAGUGAUGUCUCUCCCAACUUAACUGGGGUCUGCAUGAGCCCAGGGGUCCUUGCACAUUCAAAAUGUCUACAAUCAGAAUCCGGUAACACACAGGUAAAAGAGCAUUGCCGCAAUGACUGGUCUAUGUGGAAAGUCUUCCUGGCUUGUCUCUUAGCCUGUGUGAUAAUGACAGCAAUUGGAGUACUUAUAGUAUGCUUGGUGAAUAACAAAGGAUCUGCCAAUUCCUCCAUUGUUAUCCAACUAUCCACAAACAAUGGAGAGUGUGUGACUGUCAAACCUGGAACACCCUCUCCUGCUUGUCCACCUACAAUGACCACCACUUCAACUGUACCUGCAAGUACAGCCACUGAAACUACAACUUCAACAGCUACAACUGCCACCACUUCCACAGAACCUACAUCUGCUGCAGCUGCCAAUCAAUUAUAAAUUGAACAGCCACAGUCAUCACUUCAACUGAAACUUCAGCCUCUACCACUUCAACUCAGUUUGCAACUAUAACAGCUACUCCUAUCACUUCAAGUGGAACCAUGGCUGCAGUCACUUUAACAGACUCUAACUGUUACAACUUCAACAAUAUCAAGUCCUACUUCAACUUAAACUUACUUGACAACUCAAACAAUCAGCACUUCUACCAUCUCUGACUGAAUCAACAACUACAUUCCCUUCAACUGAAUCUGCAACUACUUCCACUUAACCUAUAACUACUGUAACUUCUACUUAGCCUACAGUAACAAUGCUCAUCACUCUUUUCCAAUAAUGUAUAAUCUCCACCUAUUCAUCUGAGGACUAAGCUCUGAUUUUUUAUCUUGCCCAAAUUCCUUUCUAGGGGGUCUGGGGAGUCAUGCCCUACAAACCAUACAUUCUCAUCAGAUGGGUUUUAUUUAACCCCAUAUAUUGUGACUUACUUUCUAAUCUGACUCUGGCAUAACAAGGGCAAAAAAAUCAAAAUGUUUUACCCCAAAGUAUAUUUCCUUGCUAUACCUUGGAAUUGUCCUGCAAAGUCUCUUGUGGAGGAACUCCACAUUCUAUAGAGAACAUCCUUCCCCCUUUGUUUUCCUUCCUUUCUUUCCAGAUCCAAGAGAUAAUCAACUAAGAGCCAGGCACCCUUUUAGGUCUGAUAAGAAACAUUUUACAACCUGCUCUCUCUCUGAAGUCUGCUUUCUGAGAGAUUCCUCUGAACAAUAAAACUUGAUCUCCACAAUCCUUUAUCUUAACCUGAACAUUCCUUUCCAUCGAUCUCAGGUCUUCAGAUAAACUAGACCAAUUAUCAACCAGAACAUGUUUAAAUUUACCUCUAGCCUGGAAGCCCCCACUUUGAGUUGUCCUGCCUUUCUGAACCAAGCCAAUGUAUUUCUUAAAUGUAUUUGAUUGAUGUCUCGUGCCUCCCUAAAAAUAUAUAAAACCAAACUGUACCCCAACCACCUUGGAUACAUGUUCUCAGGACCUCCUGAGGGCUGUGUCCUGAGGCCAUGGUCACUCAUAUUUGGCUCAGAAUAAAUCUCUUAAAAUAUUUUACAGCAUUUGACUUUUUUUGUCAAUACAUCCAAACCUGCAACCACAAAUGCCACCACUACCACUUAAAAUUUGAUAGAACUAGCAUCAGUCAUCAAAAUGACCUGUUCUAUAUUAAGUUAACUUUUAGUUAUCACCAGUAAUAUUAGCCUACAACUACUCCCCACACUGGCUCUUCCCCAAAAUUGAAAUUGUACAGUAUCUGAGUCUAGUUCUAGCCAACAUAACAUUAUUGCCAACAUUAAAAGCUUCUGCAAAGC